AUGACGGUGCCUACCUCAAUUCUUUACGCUCUCACAACAUAUAGGACGACCGUGAAACGGCGGUGCAUCCGAGCCGGGACCCGCCUCUACCCUUCAAGUUCCGGACCGAUAACGUACUUGGCGAAACUUUGCAAGCCCAUCAGCACCCAUGUCAUACCUGCAGCCAAUCUCAGAGUCACCCCAGGUGAAGUUCCAGUCCCAAAACUACCUCAUCAUUCUUUGAAGAGGGCCGAUGGAGAUAUCAAGAAGCUGGGACUUGAAUUAAUCGUCAUAGAUGAGAUAUGGUCAUACGGGUCAGUGCGACACGGGGACCAGACAGAAUCUCAGUGCAGGACACUCCUUCAGAGGUUGCUUGGACUUGCGGGAUCACACACAAUUCCCGGUUGUGGCUACCUUGGUAGGGCUCCUGACAUGCUUCAGCUCUAUGUUGAUUUUGGACUGCACGAGGAUGGAAGCGGCCAUAUUGGAUUAAAACACCUUCCGUCCACGAGGCGCUCAUCCUUGCCGACCCGGGAGCCAGCCACGAAACUUGAUGGAAAGGCUCGAACAUCGAGUUGCUUUGAAUUAUUCCUAGGAUUCGCUGCUAGAAUAUUCAAGGCCGGAAGGUACAUCAUUACCUUACGGAACGUCAUUUGA